AUGCGUUUCUCGUGGCUUGUCCUGGCUCCUCUCGUCUCGGCUCUCAUGCUGCCAUCGACUCCUUUGCCCACGCCCCCGACUCUGCCCGGGACGUUGAACAGACGACAAGACACGACGGUCUCUUCCGCAGCAUCAGCCGUCCCGACGGGCAACUUCAUCACGACCAAGCACAUCAUCAUCCCCGGCGUAACCAACAGUCACGUCAACAUCCCCGCCAAGACCAUCGACCUCGCCCUUCCGACGUGCAUCCAGACCAUCGAGCCGGACGCCAACGGCUACGUCCCGCCCGGCGAGUGCGGCGCCAUCUGGAACUACUAUCCCAGCUUCGCGGCGGCCAUGGUGUUCGCGGUGCUCUUUGGCGCCCUAACUGCCAUCCACAUAUGGCAGGCCGCCAGGCACAAAAAGAGAUGGUGCUGGGUUAUCAUCAUGGCGGGCAUAUGGGAGACGCUGGCAUUCGUCUUCCGAGCCGCGAGCAGCAGGGACCAGCAAAGUGACGGCCUCUACCUCGUCUUCCAGAUCUUUAUCCUGCUGGCGCCCAUCUGGGUCAACGCGUUCGCAUACAUGACCCUCGGCCGCAUGAUCUACUUCUACCACCCGUUGCGUUCCCUCCUGCACAUCCCGGCCUCGACCUUUGCCGCACUCUUCGUGGCCCUCGACAUCGUAUCCUUCGCCAUCCAGCUCGCCGGCGGCUCCAUGGCUGGACCGACGACGCCGCCGGCGGAGCAGAUGAAGGCCAUCCACAUCUACAUGGGCGGCAUCGCCCUCCAGGAGUUCUUCAUCCUCAUCUUCGUCGGGCUGACGGUGAAGUUUCAGUUCGAGCUGCGCAGGACGGACGGGCUCGUCGGGGUGCCGCCGCGGCGCUCGUGGAAGCCGCUCGUGUGGGCGCUGUAUGUGUCCCUGGGAAUGAUCACCGUCCGGAUCAUCUACCGCCUCGUCGAGUUCUCGUCCGGCCACGGCCUCGAAAACGCCCUCAUCACCCACGAGGCGUACUUUUACGCCCUGGAAGCCCUGCCGAUGCUUCUCGCCAUCGCCGUAUUCAACGUGGUGCAUCCUGCGGCUUUCAUGAACGGCCCGGGCUCGGACAUGCCCGGGCUCGUCUCGACGAUCAAAGGCCGUUUUGCGAAGAACAGAGGGAGGAUCCCGUUGAAGGAGAACGUGGAGGAGCAGGAGCUCACUAGAAGGAGGUUCCCGAGUCCUUGA